GCCUCGCGGGGACAAACCAGCCACUCGUCGCCGCGCGCUCCUCGAUUCCGGAACCUUCCUGCGGACGGAAUGUGUGGAUGCUCGGCCCUCGUCGCCGGAGGCCGGGCGCCUCCGUCCUCCAUCCCUCGCCGGCUCCGCCGCCGCCGAGGGAGCUCCGUGCGGGCAGAGGUCUCGCCAGGCGCCGAGUCCGAGCGGAAGAAGGUCGCCGUCGCGGGCGCCGGCUGGGCCGGCCUUGCCGCCGCGCACCACCUCGUCAAACAGGGGUACGAUGUCACGCUUCUCGCCGCAGAGGACGGCCCAACCGAGGAGGUUGGCCUCAGAGGAUUCUGGUAUCCGUACCGCAACAUCUUCGCUUUAGUCGAUGAGCUGGGGAUCUCGCCUUUCACGGACUGGAAGAAAGCAGCCUACUAUUCUGCAGAGGGACUUGCGGUUGAAUUCCCCAUAUUUCAUAACCAGCCACGGUUACCAGCUCCCUUUGGAGUCUUUGCAUAUCCAGAGUUCCCUAACCUUACUUUGAUUGAUAGGUUGACAUCAAUUCCUGUCAUAGCUGCAGUCAUUGACUUUGACAACACAGACACUGCUUGGAGGAAAUAUGACUCAAUGACUGCAAGAGAGCUUUUUAAGAUGUAUGGUUGCUCUCAAAGGCUCUACAGGGAAGUCUUUGAGCCAGCUAUUCAGGCAGCCCUGUUUGCUCCUGGUGAGCAGUGCAGUGCAGCUGCAACACUGGGGAUGUUGUACUAUUAUAUGCUGUCUCAUCAGGAAAAUUCUGACUUCUUGCUGUGCCGUGGUGACGUAGAAGAAAAAAUUUUCUCUCCCUGGCUUCAAUCAUUAGAGAUGGAAGGCUUAAAAUUUGUACCAAACAAAGUUCCAUCAAGCUUGACUAUAGAUACGGAUAGUGGAUGCAUCUCUGCUAUUAUCUGUGGUGACGAGAUAUAUAAGGCAGAUGCAUUUGUUUCAGCCAUGGGACUCUCUUCUCUACAGUCCAUUGUCAAAAACAGUCCAUUCCUAUGGUCUCAUCAAGAAUUCACCAAUCUUCUUCACCUGUCUACAGUCGACGUGAUCUCUAUAAAAUUAUGGCUUGAUAAAAAGAUCACAAUUCCAAAUGUUGCGAAUGUAUGUCCCGGUUUUGAUGAUUCAUCCGGCUGGACGUUCUUUGACCUUACCUCAAUAUAUGAUGAUUAUUAUGAAGAACCAAUGACAGUAGUGGAGAUUGAGUUUUAUAAUGCUAGCUGGCUAGUAACUCUAAGUGAUGAUGAUAUUGUCUCUGAAGCUUCAUUGCAUCUUAUCAAGUGCAUACCAGAUUUUGAGGGUGCUACUGUGAUCCAAAAAUCAGUCAGAAGAUCUCCUAAAUCUGUAAUCAACUUUCUUCCAGGUUCCUACAAGUACACACCAAGAGGAUCAACUUCAUUUCCGAAUUUGUUUAUUGCUGGUGAUUGGAUUGUCAACCGACAUGGGUCCUUUUCAAAAGAAAAAGCAUAUGUGACUGGACUUGAGGCCGCUAAUAGGGUGGUAGACUAUUUUGGCACUGGAGACUUUGCCAAAAUAAUUGCAGUUGAAGGAGAAGAGCCUCAUAUAGAGACAUUGCGUAGUCUCAGCAGAAGAGCCAAUGAACUGAAGUCACAGAUUCCACUCUCGGAGUUCUUUCUCCAAUAAUGUGGUUCGGGGUUUUCCAUAUGACUGUUGACCAAUGCCCAUUGUUGUAGGCCCAUAUGUAAAAGUGAAAGUGGCUUGCACAGGAUUAGCUCCUGGUUUCAGGUAGGCUGCAUAUCUCUCUGCGUGUGUAUGAUGUCAAUAUUUAAGUCUAAACAUUUUCUCUCUUGUUGCAUAUUCAGUUAUAAACAAAUUUAAAUAGUAGUGCUGGACCAUAAAUGCAUAAGCAACUUGUUCUGAUUAAACUUGCAUUGUUGCUUGUACUUGCAGUAUUUGUUGAAACACACACACAUAUAUAUACAACCUCUUCCAUCGUUAGACCAGAGAGUUGCCUCAGGUGUAACUUCCCUUCCUCAUCAUUUCCACAAACUCUUCAUAGUCGAUAUUCCCAUCCUGUGAAUUCAGUGGGGGUGAUGAUUAAAUCUAUGCAAAUGGAAUUGGUUAGUCGGAAGAAUAUUCUUACCUUGUCUUUAUCAACUUCGUCUAGUACUUGUUUAAUGCUUGCUUCAUCACCCAUUCCAUACUCUGCCAUGGCUUGUUCCAGUUCGUCUCUUGUUAUGUACCUGCAGUUGUUAUGUAUGUUGUCUCGGGUUAAUCAUACUAAACCUUUUUUGUUUUAUUAAUAAUGAUUUCGACCAAUUGAAACGACAAAGUGAUGGUAGCAUGUAUUGAGCAUUGUUAAUUUUUUAUAUGAAAAAAAUGAGUGGCAUGUAAUUUGCCUUUACAAGUUCUAGCAUUUUUCAAUUGUAUAGCUCUUCAUCAAGGUGGUGCAUGGAAAAUAAAUUAUUUUCCUGGUUGGGCAGAAUUAAUUUUACCCGCUGUUAUCUUUGUCAAAGUAUUGAAAUGCACGGAUUAAAUCCUCCUCCUUUUCCAAUUUAUGUUUAUUCAUCAUGGCAGUAAGGAACUCUGUGUAAUCAAUGCUGCCACUCUUGUCCACGUCAACCUGCACCAACGUAUGAUUAUUGAAGCAUUUCAUAUACUUAACUUAGUGAAAGACUGGAAAUGAAACGAAAUAAGCAAUCUUACUGCUUCCAUAAGCUUCUGAACUUCUGCUUCACUAAUCUUCGAUCCAAGCUUUGUCAGUCCUUCCUUCAGUUCUUCAACUGUGAUCGUGCCACUCUUGUCUGUAUCCAUGUUAUUGAACAUCUGCUUCAAUCCCUUUAUCUCCUCUGGCGAUAGGUUCUCCGCGAUUACCUUACCAUGGAAGGAGACAAUCUGUCAACUCAAUUUGACACAGGCGAAGAAGUAGUUAUUCUUCUUGACCGCGCUAUGGAUAGGUCUGUCUGGUGCAUCUUUGAGCCACGGAUGCUCUGCACAGAGUACUCAUUCAUUUGUUUGGGAUGAAAUAUGAACCAUACAGAUGCAGAUGAAGUCUGCAUUCAUAGCUGAAGUGAUAUAUGAACAGGCAGUUGAAGAGUGAUACAUAUGGAGGGCCACGGGGUGGAGCUCAAAUCAAGCUGGCCGACCAGUAUAGCGUCAAAUAUGCCCUUCUCUGUUUCUGCUCGGAUAUGUGCAAAUACUGACAAUUAGCCUCUAAUAUUGCUGAGGUAAUGUAGUAAGUAUGUUAGGAUGCAGAUGUCUGAACACUCACCUGCCCAGAAAGGCGGUGACCCACACAGAAGAAUGUAUAAGAUCACUCCGGCGCUCCACACAUCAAUUUCUUUGCCGUAAUUCCGGCGCAGUACCUCUGGCGCCACGUAGUAUGCACUCCCCACAAUGUCCUUGUAAACUUUACCUGCAUUGGUUGUCUAUAUGAUUAGGUUUAUUGCUAAGGCCUGUGAACUA